AUGGAUCCCAUCACGGAAAGGCCGCUGUACGCUAUGAGAGCCGGUCAAGAUGGGAACUGGACUUCUCGCAUUUCCAACCUCCAGAUGGAUCUUCUAUUUUUGAUUGUGUUUAUCUUCUCAAUGGCUAUUCUGGCCGUCCUUUUGAAGUUGAAUAGCAAGGAUCCCAAAUCUACUGCGGAAAAGAUCUGCUCUCGCAGUACGGUUUCAAAAAAAGAUUACGAAGCAAUUGUGAACGGGUUUCUACGCGAGGUUUCAUUCCAACCACCACACUCUGGGUAUGACGUGGGGUUGAAGAGUCGCGUUGAGAACAGUCUUGAAUCCCACGGCAUUUCACGGGAAUUUUUAAAACAAAACGGGCCAUGCAUCGACACAGCAACUAAGAUAACCAGCUUCACAUAUCCUUUUGUCUCGCAUGAGGUCCAAGAAGCAAUUGCUCUAUAUGCUUCAUACGUUAUCACCAUUGACGAUCUCACCACUGAGAUUCUACCGGACUUAAAAGAUUACGUCGGUCAGGCAAUCCUCGGCCAGUCACAUCAGCUUGAGCUUCUCCGUGGCUUUACAAAGUUCCUGGGUAGCCAACAGCGUCUUUUCGGACAGUUCGGUGGUGACAUGAUAGUCAAGGGGUCAAUGGAGUUCAUCUCAGCAGCUGUGGUCGAACAAAGCCAAGAUAAAUGUUUACACCUGCCACAAGAUGCAUCCGAUUAUCUGGUGUUCUUUAGGGCAAAAACGGGUGUCGCUGAGCCAUUCGCCUUUUUCUGCUUCCCCGAGAACAUCAACCCGGAGGAACGUGACCUGGCAAGAUAUGUCUCGGCUAUUCCAAGUAUUAUGCUAUUCCUAGGCUAUGUCAACGAUCUUCUUUCUUUCUACAAGGAGGAGUGCAAGGCCGAAGACAGUCCAGGCUUCGUACGGAACCAUGCUAAGGCCUAUAAUAUUACCCCUCUGCAGUCACUGCGUCAACUCAGCAAAGAACUCAUGUCUGAAGUACGAAAGAUCCGCAGCAUAUUUUCCGAUGAUAACGCCAUGGCUGAGCGUAUCGACAAGUUUGUUCAUGGGUAUAUAUUUUAUCAUCUUUGCACGGGACGAUAUAGAUUGGAUGAAUUAGACAUUCCUGCUGCUCUAGAGUCGAGAAACCGUUUUCAUCAGAUGGUGAAAAUGCCGGGAUAG